UAUGAACUCGCGCCUGACUGUGAGAGCUUCCUUGAAUGUCAACUGUCCGAUUAUCCUUAGGCCUGCAUCCGAGCACUGUCCCGGGCGUCUGGUGUCAAUCGAAACCCUGGAAUCCACAACACAGUAAAUUUGACCAUCAGCGUCGGCGAGAGUGAUAUUGCCGUCCUGUCACGCCAAGCCAAGAGCCGCCAUGUCAACUCGUUUUCUGGAGCCCAGCUCCCAGGGUGGUAAUUAGUCUGAGUACUGCGACUAAUUUCUUGUAGCCCAUUCUGAGUGGUAGCGUGCAGACUUCACUCUGUGGUCUCCAAUAGCUUUACUCCCGUGAUUAAAAGUACGUAUUAUCAUCGUUGCCAGCAGCAGCAGCAGCAGCAAGGGGAACAGCAGCCACAGUAGCGAGCACAUUCGAUCGCGUUUUUGCUCAUUCAACGAGUUCAAAAGCUAUGGGGGAGCUCAAAACAGGAGCUCGGCGAAUGCUGCGUCGAACAUUCAUCUCCCCUCGUCACCUGUCCCUGGCUCCCUCGCCCCUAGUCCUCGUCCACUUGAACGUCCUCUGCCUAGUCCUACUCCCUUUCAUUCUUCACCUUUCACCGACCCUGGCCUUGCCUGGCUCGGGGUCCGAACUAUCCUCCUCGGCAAGAUUUGCACUCCAGGAGAAAGGCACACGGAGACUGCUACACAUGCCACGUCAGCAGCACCGGAGGCAGCUAGUGUACAUGACAAAUCAGCAACAUGCGAAUCGGUGGAGGCGCUUGGUCCGGGGCAAGAAGGAGUGCUGGAGCAAGCACGAGCGCCACCAGUACUGGCAGGCAGGAGCACACGUGGAGCCAUCUGCCGCGUUUGUGCGGCAGAAGACGGAGUAUGAGCGCAUGCAUCACCGGUGCACUGAGGGGAUCACCGACUGGAAGGCCUUCUACUUCAACCAGUCUGAGGGGAAGUCAGCAACAGCAGACGUGGAUGGGUGCAAGUAUGCGUUUCUGAUACCUGGCCAAUGGCAUGGCCUGGGCAACCGCAUCAUGUCUUUAAUCUCCACCUUCACCUACGCCUUCAUCACCCAUAGAGCCAUCCUCAUGCCGGACGACGGCAUUCUGCCGUCCCUCCUCUGCAACCCCUUCGCCCACUCGUCCUGGCUCAUCCCCGCCUCUCAGUUCUGGGCCAUCAAAGCGGACCUGGAGAAGGGGCCUCGCAACCUGGCAGAGCAGCCGGGCAAGCACUCCCGAGGGGUCUUCUGCCACCUGGACUGGAUGACGCCAGAGGACGAGUGGACGUUCUUCUGCAAAAGAACACAGGAGGAGGUGGCUGAGAAGCCCUUCAUGCUGUUUUGGAGCGACAUGUUCUUCGUGCCGCCGCUCUACUUCGUCCCCUCCCUAAGGGCUCGCCUGGAGGCCCUGUUUCCUGAUCGGCGAGUCUUCACACAUGUUGCACGGUACAUCCUGCUCCCAGCCAACUACCUGUGGGACCGCAUAGUGCGAUCCUACCACGGGCACUUGGAGCACCAUGACGUGCUGCUAGGGCUGCAGAUCCGCCCCGUGGACGAGACCCAGGAGGACAUAUUCGAGCGCGUGCUGGCAUGUGUGACGAGCACGCAGUACCUGCCAGCUGUCAUCCUGCCCGACCAGUGGCAGGCCAUGGCCGACGAUGUGGAGGAUGAAGGCUUAAGAGGGGCGCAGGGGGAGUCCAUUGGCGUGUUUGUGGCGGCUCUAAAUGGCUCCUAUGCCUCUCGCCUCUCCACGCUCUACUCCCAAGGCAAACCGUACUCGGCUCAGACUGUCUCCAUUUACAGCGAGACGCACGAUACAACAGAGAGGCAGGACGACAGGCAGCAGUACGCAGCGGCGCUGGAGGAGAUGUUUCUGCUCUCCUUCGCCCACCGCCUCAUCACCUCCGACUUCUCCACCUUCGGCUACACCGCUGCUGCCCUCGCUGCCAUCGACCCGUGGUCUCUCAACAUUGUGAAGCGCGCCGAGGUCGAUUGGCGCUCCAACGACCGCCCCGUGUGUCAAAGAACAGUGUCCGAGCCAUGCGCUCUCUCCAUCCGACGCCAGUUCAAGUGCCCUGAUGGUGACUCACACACAUCUGACAGCGAAACCGCCUUCGUGAGGACAUGCCCCGUGAUCGAUGCCGGGCUGCACCUAGAGCUCCCUAGAAUACCCGAUUUCAUCGGGGCAGUGUAAUGGCGCUGUUAUGUGAUUCCUUGUGCUGCUGGCGGUGACUCACACACAUCAGAGGGUGAAGUGCCCUGUGUGAGGACAUGCCCAUUGAUCAAUGUACGGCUGCACCUAGAGCUCCAUCGAAUACCCGACGUCAUCGGAGCAGUGAGCUCCAUUGUGCUGCUGAGCUGAGUCGGUCUAUCUAUCAGGCUAUCACCUGAACACCUAGAAUACCCGAUGCCAUCGGGGCAGUGUGAUUGGCGCUGUUAUGUGAUUUAUUGUGCUGCUCAGUUUAGUCUAUCACCUGAAGGUGACUUGCACACAUCAGAUAGCCAAAUCCCCUUUGUGAGGGUACAUGCCCAGUGA